UGGAAUUUUCAUAUCUUAAUACGGGAAUAAACAGUAUUAAACAAAUAUCAACAAAAUGCACUAGUGUAAGAAAAUAAAUGUAUUUACAUAUAUACCAUUAUGAUUGUGUACAUGAUUUGUAAUUAAAAUGAAACGAUAAAUGAAACUUUCAUGCUUGUACAUAUAUACUGAAUAUGGGUCAUAAAAUACUGUUUUUCCUGAUAAUAAUGACAAAGUCGUCGUUUCAGGACAAAGAUGGGAAUCCAUAUUGUAAUAACAAAGGAAGUCUUGAAACUUUUGAAGAAUUUUGCUGUCCAAAAUGUGCACAAGAAACCAACAAAGAGAAAUGUCGUUAUGAAUGUCCGAUCGACUAUUACCGGUUUGAAAAAAGAUGAUAUGGAAUACCUCGUAACACUAUAGAACACUCAAUGCCUUUUUCACCAUUUGUGUGCAAUCGAAACUGUCCAAAAACGCAUUAUGGAAUAGCUCUUAAUGAAACAAAAAUAUGUGUGUCGUGCUCAAUUUUAUGUCUCGACACUUCUAUUGAAACAUCUUGCUCCUGUGCAAUUUCUGAAAAGGAUAUAGAUAUAAAAACUGUGCUGAUAAUUACUAAUAUUAUAACAGCUUUACUUUUCAUAGCAACCACAUGCAUUUCUAUUUCAUGUCUUUAUCGAAAACAGAAAAAAGACAAAAGAAGUGAACCAAAACACAUGGAGAAUUGUAUUGAGAAUGAUAUCGAUAAUAUACAGGAAAAUGUAAAACCAACGUGCACACACGAAAUAAACGACAAAAUAACAAUGGAUACUGAACAUAAAUCUGAAAAAGACUUUGCAGUGGCUUUACAGAGACAACAUGAGAAAAUUACAAGAUAUACACCGGAUCCAACUGUUGUUUUAAGAAAGAAAAGGGAAAAAGAAGAACCAGUAAGAGCAAGAAGUAGUGCAUACGCAAACGUAAGUGCGAUCCGGCGUAACAGAUUUUUUAACCGUAAAACAAUUUCACGUGUAGUAAGCCAGUUGUUUGGGCGCAAACAUGAUACAAACAAUACAGAAGAGGAUUUAAUCAUUGAAUAUAAUACAACUUCCACUCAAACCAUGCAUAGUGAUGAACUGAAUAGUCUACCAAACAUAGCUUUGACAGAACCAGUUAGAGAACUUAUUGAUGUUGUUUCCGUUGAACUUGUACAAAAAAGGGUACCGGGCAAUCAACAAAAUUGUUCGACAGUUUUAAAAGCAACACAAAUGAGCAAAAGCAUCUUGCAGGAAAGCAAAAAUACAAUAAUCGAAUUAGACAAAAAAGACACAACAAAUACUCAAUCAAAGACUGGAAACAGUACCCAAAAUGUCAACAACCCGUUAGAAAUAAAGACACUCGCAGGUGAGACAAAAUGUACAAAUAAAUUGUUACAAGAAAUAAAUAGAAAGGACAAAGAUAUAUCAGAGUCGACGAAUCAAGCAAAUAGAGGACAUGGCAACACAGCUCACAUAGAUGUAACUGACGAAUCCAUGAAGCAGUUACCAUCUGCUGCUGAAAGUAGGCCAUCAACGGAAUUUGCUGCAACAUGCAUCCAACAGGGACUGUCUAUUGAUGAUCAAUCAACAAAUGAGCUAUCUGAAAAUUUCAGUUUUGAUAAAAAAGUGACAAAUACCUUUACUGAAAGUAAACGUGAUGAACAAACUGACCGCAAUAUUUAUGUGAGAAUAAACGAGAACAUUGUCCGUGAAGUUCAUAGAGACAGUGAAGCUUCUACAAACUCUAAUACAAGCAGUAACAGCAGUAACAGUAAUAGUACAGAAAGUGAUGGGACAAAUGCGUCUUUCAAAACAGCGUCAUCUGAAAGCCCUAGACUAAGCGAGGUAGAAGAUACAGAGCAAAAGGUUUAUAAUGAAGACACCAAUAAAGUCAGAUUGAGCUCAACGGACAUUGAAAAGACACCAGAUUACGAAAAUAUUCCUUAUCUUAUUGACAUGAGGGCUGAUGUAGAACAACAUUCUGAGAUUGAUACGACCGAAAGAAAUGGUUUAAAUAAUGUUACUACUACUUAUACUAACAGUAAUUCCGUUGAAGGGUUAACUCCUAUAUCAGAAAAUGUAGAAGACAACCAAUUAGUAACACACGACAACAGAGCUAGUUUAGGAAGAGAUGUGUCUCUCCGUUCGAUUCAACCCCAACGUCUUGGUCUGGAAUCGGUAGAUGCAGUGGUCAAAAGCGACGUACAACUUGCAAUUACUGCAAAAGAAUCUAUUGAUAUGAAAACAAUUACAGGCCAGACAAAUAUGAGUUUUACAAAUUCAACUGUAACUUUAGUUAUCAACCAGAGUAACAAAGGUAACAGGAAAGUAAAUGAAUGAUCUCUGAAAUUUCAUAACAUUUUACAUUCAUCUCGGGUAUAAGUAACUGCAAGUGCACAUCGAAAAAAUGUAUCAGAACUUUUACAUUAUCUAAGAUAUGGCAAAUUUCAUAUACGGCAAAAAAGAAGUACUAAUCUAUGGAUUUUGCACGUAAAUAUCGUAAUAAAGUUCAGCAAUUUUGACUUUCAAUUAUAAUUUCUCCUUAAAUAGUGAUAUGUUAUCGCUACUGAAAUUUUCUUUUAACAGAUAUAAAAUGUAUACGGGGACACCGAAUGCGGCUUUUGCGCCAUAUAGGAAAAAAGAACGUGUGACGUCGUUAAUGCAUUAUGCACCGAAAUCUAAUUUUUCGACGUUUAAAGAUGUUACAGAUAUAUUUGAAAGAUUUAUACAGCAAAAACGAAUAAGGAAACCUACUAUAUUUUUAUAUUGAUAAAACAGAAAUUUAAGUUCAAAGUCAUAACCAUUUUAAAGAACAUUCGUUAUACAGGUUUUUGAGAAAAGACAACUAAUAUUUAAAUAAUCCAAUAUUUAUUCGAUAUUUACGUAGCCCUAUACAUUAUCACUUCUUUCUACAGAACGUUCAAUUUGCUUUAUCUCCGAAAAUAUACAAGUUAUAUAUGGUUUUUUUUUCGAUAUUCAUAUACAGUUACACAUGCUCUAGUAGAUUGCAAAAUUCCUGGCAAUCAGUUAGAUCGCCCAUUUACGUCCCUGUUACCUAAAGUUAGGUACAAAAUCUUACUUAAAAUAGAAUCUCAGAUGUCAUCUAUCUUUGGUGUUUUGCAUCUUUUAAAUAAUUUUACAUGAGCUACUGGUUGGUAAAAUAUGUUUUAAUGGAUUCAAAGUUAUAGCAAAAGGAGAAAAAGAUUUGGUAAAAGACCAUCAAAACGGCUACGAUUCAUAAGUAAUUAACUUUUAAAAACAUUUAGCGAUAUGCUGAUUUGAUUUUCUCUUUAAUGAGAAAAGCAAGAACUACUAAAAUCAAAAAUGCUUUUCUUCUUCUGUAAAUAUAUCACCCUAUACAAUUUAAAUACUGAGUAAAAUUAUGGAUAAACUAACAAUUAAUCGAUAUAUAAUUCAACUUCAAAUGCUUUCCAUAAAUAUUAAUCUACUCCAUAUGUGAAGUCGUACUUUACAGAAAUUAUUUCUAUGAUUGAUGCUACUCGUGCAUAUUCUUAAUCUCACUAAGAUCAUCUAUUUCUAUGGUAGAAAUAUGUUUAUGUUUUGAAUAAGUUAUAAGUUUUGAAUAGCAGUAAAAAUGAGGCGGUAGAUAUAAAAAGAACUAUGAAAUUUGAUAAGUUAACAGGGACCGAAAAAAAACAUCGCAAAAACGAAAAGACAAACAACAGUUUAAAAAACACUACGUAGGAAAUUAAAUACCAAUCAACACGAACCCAAACGAAAACCAGGGUUGAUCGCAGGUGUCAUGCAGAUCCUGCUCCACUUGAGGCACUCGUAGUGUUGCUCAUGGAAAGUACGAUUUGGACGACAAGGCUCGUUCAGUUAUUUCACAACCGUGGAAAAUAGGAUGAAAUUGUUCCUACGAAAAUUAAAACAUAUGCAUGUCAUCUGUGACACAUGUACUCCAUAAAAACACAAUAUAAAUAGUAUUUUAUUAACCUCUUGAAAUUUGAUAUCCUCAGGACAAAACAUCUUUCAAAAUCAGGAUCGAUCUAGUGGUUGUAAAAGUUAGUGUUGAUGUCAGGCUGAUAAAUUUGACACGCGUACAACAAGUGCACAUCAGAGAUUUCUUAUGACUGUAACAAUAUAUAUCCAGACACUAAUUAUCGAUACUUGAAUCAAGUUCCACAAAUGUGUUCCACUGGCGUAAAUGAGAUAAAACAGAAGGGUUAAUUUUACAUGGUUCAGCAUAAAGAAAGAAAACUAAUCAAAGAAGGUUUUUUAUCGACGAAAAGAUCAACUGUGAUUUCAAAUAUCAAAUGUGUAUAAUCCAUGAAUAAAACUGAAAAAGUGACAAAAGUCUACUUCAAAUCUCUAUUAAUCUAUCCCAAAUUUACGAUUGAAAUCAAUUUAUUUGCACUCUAAUAUAUCAAGAUCACGGAAGAAACUAUUUGCAAUUUUUUUCGUACUUCUGAGCAAAGAAUUCAUACAAUUACAAUGUCUGUUUAUUGAUGUAUACAUUUAACUGAGUCCGGUGACAAUUUGUAACCUGGUAACCGUCAAAUAUUCGAUACUUUUUAUUCAAAUUUAUGUUUUUGUUAGAAAUCAUUGGACUCGUCAAGUUUGACACUCUAAAAUGCAUUUAUUGUUAACAAUUAUUUAAUAUAUUACAUUAGAUGAAAAGGUUGUAAAAAUGCAGUGUUAAUAAAUGUAUGGAUAUUUCAGUUCAACAGUAUAGUAUUAACAUUUUUUCAUAUAAGUAAUAAAAAGUCCAGAAAAUAA